CCGCAAGAUGGCUUCUCAAGCGGCAGCAAAGGCUGCUGGUGGCCUUGUUUCCAUCUCAAAGAAACACACUCUCCAGUCCACCGGCAUCUGGGAGACGAUCCGAAAGGCCUUUGCCAUCGACCCCAACCGCUCCAACGGCGUCCCCCUCAAUCCUUACUUCCGAAACCCGACCCCCGGCGGCCUGGACCCCCAGAGCUACGAUGAUCCCGUCACGAUUCCCGCCGGCGACAUCGCCGACAACGCCUACUGGAAGCGAGACGUCCGCCGCUCGUACCCUCAGCUCAGCGUCGUCAACCAGGGCUACGCCGUGUCGCUGCUGACGGUCGGAAGCGCCGCGAAGCCCAAGGUCGAGCUGAUUGGCGAGGCCGGAGAGCAGGCCCUCGUGGCUGCGCAGAAGGAGGGCGAGACCGGCCUGGCGACGUUUUUUGAAAAGGCCCCCAAGGAUGUGGCCAAGGAUGUGUUUGUCGACGGCCUGCCUCCUGUGCCGAGCGGACAGACGUUGGUGUCGGGAGCGUGGGAUGUGCACAAGUACGAGCUUCACGAGGAGCAGGAGCAGACAUAUGGUGCUGGCUAUCCUUGCAGGACAUUCAAAUAAACUAGGGGGAGAUGGCUGUGUGUAAAUAAAGACGAGAUGAAGAAAGACGAUAGAAUUUCCUACUGAUGCUCUGUUUCCUUUUAUGAACGCCUAAUCUUUUCCCUUGAUAAUUCUAACCGAUACCACAACUCCAUGAACCCCAAAACCCUCUAUGAUUUCUAUAUUGUUGACACUGAGAUGGAAGAUGGGAACCUCUUGAAUAGAGCAUUAGACAAUCCCCAAUGCUGGCCAAGUCGAGAGUCGUCCUAGUUUAGCAUCUUCUCAAUAAUCUUGACUUUGCCCUGCGCCCUCUUCACCCGGUCGUCAAAGUCCUGCACAGCCUCAUCGGAAUUCUCCGUCGACAGCGUAUCAGGCUCGACCAGCGCAUAUGCCAGCUUGAUGUUCUUCUCCAGCCUCGGAUUCUUGGGCAGUGGUGGCAGCGUGCA